CAUGGUCGACGCGUGGGAUUUCCCUCGAAGUGCUUAACGUUAGGUGGCGGUGCCAGCCAUCGAGAACUUCAUUGGCAGCUUACACAAAUCCCUCUCUCAAGCUUCUCCGUUAAAUAGAAAGAGAUGGAUGACGACGGGGAAGGCAACACCCCUAGUUUCAGGAUUUGUGUUGCAUGCCCACAAUGGAGUUCAACUUGAAUUAAAAUAGGAAUUCACCCUUCAAAUCUAUAUUUUUGGAAUUAGUUAUAUUAUAAUUUCUUCCCUUUCCGAUUUCUUCCUCGCCGUACGUCGAUCGAGAAGGAAAUGGGCAACGGCCUCAGCAGAAAGAGGAAGAUUGUAAAAGUGAUGAAGCUCGACGGAAGUACCCUCAAGUUUAAGUCUCCGGUUCGAGCCGCCGAAGUGCUCGAGGAGUACCCCGGCUACAACCUGCUCGACUCCGACGACGUCACGCGGAGCGGCGUCCGCGCUCAGCCGCUGGAGCAGAGCGCUCCCCUGAAGCCUGGGAAGCUCUACUUCCUCAUCCAGCUUCUACGGCGGCCGCCGGCGGUAGCCCCCGACCCGCGGUCUCUGGCCGGGAGGGCCUGGUCGGGCGCGCUGCGCGUGGGCGCCAAGGAGAGGCUGGAGAGCCUCCAGCUCUCCCGCCGGACCAUGUCCGACGCGACGUCGACGCUGUCCCGGCGGUUGUCAUCGUCGCUGGCCGUGGACGACAUCGGGGACGGAGUGCUCCGGCUCAAGAUGCGCCUUCCCAAGUCCCAAGUCGAGAAGCUGAUGCGGGAGAGCGGGAGCCCCGUCGAGACCGCCGAGAAGAUCGCCGAGCUAUGCGUCAUCAGGGACGGCGGCGCGCCACAGGCGCCGGAGCCGCCGAUCUCGGCCGUUAGGAAAGGCCGGAAGGAGAAGCGGACGAGAUUUUCUGAAAUCCCAGAUGAGAUUAUUGCCUGAUCAAUAUAUCAUACAUAGUAGUACUUCACCAUUUUCAAGGAAACUGAUCACUGGUAAAUUAAGCACUAGAACUCGAGUAGCUGCGAAUGGCAUCCGAUUCUCCACCACGAAUAUCAUAGUUUAUUAGUUUGCGUGGAAUUCUGUAGAGCCGGAUGAAAGGAAUCUGCAAUUAUUAGGCAGAUGGUGCUGAAAGUAAAAUUUUGUGCUUGACUAUCCACCAAAACUUUGGAAUUGAGUUUUAUGGAGCAAAAUCUGAAGUAAGAAAAAUAAAAGUAUGCAUGUUUUGACAAACUUGAGCGUUUUGAUCUUUUCACAUGGAAAAGUUGGCAGUCAGCUGUUGAUUUUGUAUGAAAAAGAACAAAUUAGUUUGAUAUAUAUGCACCAACAACUAGUUCGAUUCUUAAUUAUUUGCAUGACUAAUUCAAUUUCAUGAAGAUGACUUUGAAGCACAGUUUGCCAACAUGCCGUGACUAACUUCGCCAACAACUAACACAAGCGUCAGACAAUCAAGCAAAGAAGAUAGAGAUGUAGCUAGGGUUACAGUACCCUAUAGAAGGCAGGAACAAGGGAUUAUGUAAUUGACACUGAGACAUGGCCAUUGAAGAGAUGGAUUCUUCUUCCAAUAGUCAAGUGUAUAAAUCAAAGGAGAGAGUGAGAGAAAAAAAAAGCUGAGCCCACCAAAAUUGUUCAUACUACCAAUAGCAUGUGAUGGAACCCACCGAGGGUCUGUCAGAUAGUGAAGUGUCAAUCAUCAGUGUUAUUUAAUUAUGAAAAAAGUUAGUUUGAUUUUAUUGA